GGUAAGCCACCUAUGUGAUACGACCCAUUUUUCUUCGGCCCUUCCCCACCCCGCGAGAGCAGGGUCCUCUCGUAUAAAAGCACCUGAUGCUGUCUCAGACCCUCAUUGAAUACCAACAAUCCUCAACACACACCAAUCAUGGCCUUCAAGUUUGUGGUUCUCGCCGCCUGCCUGGCUGUCGCUAACGCUGGACUCGCCGCCGUCGGCGCCAGCCAGCAGUCCACUGUCCGCUCCCUGGACGGCAACUCCGUGGUGAGCACCUACUCCAAGCAGGUGGACACCCCCUACUCUAGCGUGCGCAAGUACGACACCCGCGUGUCCAACGAUGCCGUUGCCUACGCCGCCGCCCCCGUCGCCUACAACACCUAUGCCGCCCCCGCUGUCGCCCACGCCACCUAUGCCGCCCCCGCCUUCACCAGCUACGCCGCCCCCGCCGUCGCUCACGCCACCUACGCCGCCCCCGCCAUCGCUCGCGCCACCUAUGCCGCCCCCGCUGUCGCCGCUCACCCCGCCGCCCUCGGAGUUGCCUACUCCGCUGCCCCCGCUGUUGCCCACAUCUCCUACACCGGUGCCUACGCCACCUAUGCUUACUAAGCUCUGUUAAUUUAUUUGUAAAUUAUGUGUGAUUAAAUUAAGCAAAAGUAAAAAACUAUAUAA